AUGGAGCGCUGGAGAGGUAAAGUGGCUGUGGUGACCGGAGCAUCGGGUGGCAUCGGCUUGGCCAUUGCCAAAAGGCUGGUUCGCGAAGGACUGACCGUAGUCGGUUUCGCUCGCAGGAUGGAAAAAAUGCUGAAUGAAAUGAAAGGCGUAGAUGGUCCCGGAAAGUUUUUCGCUAGGUAUUGCGAUGUCUCCAAAGACAAGGACGUUGACGAAGCUUUUGAAUAUGUAAAGGAGACCUUCGAAACUGUCCACAUUCUAGUUAAUAACGCUGGUAUUGCAAAAAAGCAAACUAUCGAAGGAUCUGACAUGAAGGAUAUACAAGAGGUUAUCAAUGUUAAUCUCAUGGGUGUGGUAUGCUGCGCGAAACACGCCAUAAAACUGAUGAAAGAAAAAGACCACGAAGGCCUUAUCAUCAAUAUAAAUAGUACUGCAGGUCACAAAGUGCCAAACAUCAUGCUUCCAGAUGGCUCGAGAGUAAAUUUGAACGUUUAUUCACCCACCAAGUAUGCUGUUACCGCGGUCUCAGAAGUUUUGUCCAACGAACUACUGGGCAGUAAAAUCCGCGUUUCGAGUCUCAGCCCGGGAUAUGUAAAGACCGAUAUCGGAGGUGCUGAAGUACAUUCUAUAAAGAAUGAAAAUCCGCUUGCAGCUUUAGAUGUAGAAGACAUCGCUGAUGCUGUUGUGUACAUUGUUGGAACCCCUCAGCACGUUCAAAUUGCUGAACUAACAAUAAAGUCGCCGGGAGAUAUCUUAAUAUGA